CGAAGCUCCUCUCCAGGUGGGAAAAUUCUCUAUCGCCGAUCAAAAAGUUUCGGAUUCUUCGCGUAUAUAUAAGCGUCCGCCGUAUAGAUACGGUGUCUCUGAUGGGCUGUACUGGGAGGGAGAAGCAUCUACGACCUAGCCGAAAGUCCCGAUCCGUGAAACCCGAAUUCGACCCGUGUUGUUUGUUUGAUAGAACAGCUCUAUCGAAAUCUAUUGUCGAAUCGAGACUCAAGCACCUGUUUUAUCAUCCGAGUCUUCCGGAUUCGGGUUCAGACCCUGGUACCGUCACCAUGCCCAAUUCUAACGAGAAUUUCGAGGAGAAUGGGUGGGGGUACUGUACAGAGGAUCAGCUGGAGGAUAUUCUGUUGAAAAAUUUGGAGUAUUUGUACAAUGAAGCUAUCUCGAAGCUCAUUGCGUUGGGUUACAAGGAGGAUGUGGCAUUGAGAGCCGUUUUGCGUAAUGGGUAUUGCUACGGUGGUAUGGAUGUAUUGACAAACAUAUUGCAUAAUUCGUUGGCUUAUCUCAAUAGCACCAGCCUUGAUGGUAGUGAUGGGGACAACGAGGAGGAACAGUCGGAGACUGGUUUCACAGACUUGAGACAGUUGGAGGAGUAUUCGCUCGCUGGUAUGGUUUACUUGCUGCAACAAGUUAAACCUCAUCUCAGUAAAGGCGAUGCCAUGUGGUGUUUGGUAAUGAGUGAACUCCAUGUCGGUAGAGCAAGUAUGAUGGAUAUACCGAGUUCGGGAAAUGGGGGUGGUUGUGCUGCUGUGCAUAAUAACGUAGGGGAUGUUAAUGGUGGUAGCGUGAAUGGUUUAGGUGCCAUGGAACCGGCAUUAUACAGAUUCCAUGGAGGUUGGGGUUUUGGAAAUGGGGGAGUACCAGAGUUUUCUGCUGGUGGGGUUCCUUCUUGCAGUUGUAGUGCAGAGGUAAUACUGCAGAGAGAGAUUGAUUGUCCGAGGAAGUUUAAUCUCUCACCUUCCAUGAAGUCCUUGUUGAAGAGGAAUGUUGCAGCAUUUGCUGCUGGAUUUCGUGCUAGUAUGAAUCAUAUGCAUAUGCAGCCUCAUUCCAGUGGUAAUAACUCAUCUUGUACAAAUGCUGGCCGUGUGGAAACAUGUGGGCAACCUCAUAACUCGGGAAGUGAAGAAAUUGUUAGUUCCGUGUUGGAGAAAUUUCGGGAUUUGAACCUUGAUGAGAAUCUUGAAUCUGCUGGUGAGGAUCAAAAGAAUGAUAUGAUAGUCAAUUUACUUCAUCAGAUAAAAGAUCUUGAAAAGCAAGUAAAAGAGAGGAAGGGUUGGGCUCAUAAGAAGGCAAUGCAAGCUGCCCAAAAGGUCAGCGAUGAACUAGCCGAGCUUAAAACAUUGAGGAGUGAGAGGGAAGGAACUCAACGGUUGAAGAAGGGCAAACAAACACUUGAAGAUUCAACCAUGAAACAGUUAUCUGAAAUGGAAAAUGCUCUAAGAAAAGCCAGCAGUCAAGUUGACAAGGCAAAUGCGGUUGUAAGAAAGCUCGAUAAUGAAAAUGCAGAAAUCCGAGCAGAGAUGGAGGCUUUCAAAUUAAGUGCAUCAGAGUCGCUUACUGCAUGCAUGGAGGCGGCAAAGAAGGAGAAAAAGUGCUUGAAGAAGCUUCUGGCCUGGGAGAAGCAGAAAAUGAAAUUGCAGGAUGAAAUUACAGCUGAAAAAGAAAAAAUCAAGGCGCUCAAUAGGUCUUUAGCUCACAUCAUGCUGGAAGAAAAAGAAAACGAGGAGAAGUGGAGACAGGAGCAGAAAGCUAAGGAGCAAGCUAUGGCUCAAGUGGAGGAAGAACAACGUGCCAAGGAAUCAGCCAUGGCUAGCAACAAAAGAAGGCUCGAAAGCUUGCGUUCGAAGAUCGAAAUAGACUUCCAGAGGCACAAAGACGAUCUCCAAAGGCUGGAACAAGAGCUCUCUCGGGUCAAGGCCUCUUCUUCCGCUGCCCCAUCCACUGAAUUGAGUCUUAAACCCGAUAAUAAUGCUUCCCCCACCGGAAAAGACAUUGCCAGGCUGCUUGAGGAGCUCGAUAGGCUUGACGGGUCAUAUGAAAAGGAGGCAAACUACGAUCGGGAGUGCAUUAUAUGCAUGAAGGAUGAGGUUUCGGUCGUGUUUCUUCCCUGCAAUCACCAAGUCAUAUGUGCAAGCUGUAAUGAUAACUUCAUGGGCAACAACAACAAGAAGGGUGGAAGCAAUGUUAUCUGUCCCUGCUGCCGAGCUCAGGUUCAGCAGAGAAUCCGAGUCUUUGGAGCAACUUCUUAGUAAAAAAAAAGUUUUUUGGUUUCAAAGAGAACAGAGGUCAGGUUCUAUAACUAUCUCCUGGGCCAAUAUACUUUAAACUCUUCAAAUUCUGCGUCACCGUUGCUAUGAAAUCUGUUUCUGGUCAUUGAGGUUUUUUUUUUACAUGAUGUGGUUUUUGAGUUCUUGAAAAAUUCUUGUCCGGUUUCUCUGCUCUUCCUCUGGAUUUGAGGAUGCAAGUAAAUAAAUGAUAGCUUCUCUCAA